AUACAGAAGAGUCGAUAAUAUAGGCUAUAGUAUACAUAUAUCAAGAUUGUAACGGAAUAUUAUUUUGUUAAAUCAACUUCUCUGUGCACUUCCUUCUUUGUUUUGGAAUUAACCAGAAUUUCAUCAUGACUUUUACUCAUUUAGAGGAUGUAGCUAUGGCGAAAGAAACGAAAGACGAGGCCUGUGGAGAAAUCCUUUUACAGUGUCUCUCUGAAGCUAUCGAGGGUGAAAGAUUGACCUCAGGCGUGGUUAAAUGUGCCAAACUUUUGAAUUGUUAUCCUGAAAACGUGAUGUUGUGUGUACUUCCUGAAGCGGGUACUGAAAAUAUAUCUGUUCACAUUCAACACACUCUUAUAGAAGCCUUUUGUUGGGAAAACGACAUCAGAAUUUUAAAGGUGAAGACCCGUUUCAACUCUAUAUCCACAGUGGAUAAUUCUCCAAGUAUUCUUUGCCGUCCGAUCAGUAUUCCGAAUGACACGAGCUGUAUGCUGAUUGAAUACCCCAAAGGUCCAUUGAGUACUGCAGACGAUAAGUUAGCCGAUUUCUACGAUGCCAUGAUUUCUGGUGACAUUUAUCCUAAACCUGUUAUUGAGCUACCCAUUUGAUGACGCAGACCACUACCUUGCUAUGAUCAAUUCUCCAGCCAAG